UCAUGGCGGAGUCGCUAAUCAGCUGUUAAUUGCAAAUGCCAACGAAUAGUUGUAAAUUCUUUGAUUUUUCAUGAUUAUUUUAAAAGAAAUGUAAUUUUUAUCAGUUUUAUUUAAUUAAUGUUAAGUACAUUAUGUUAGAAAAAUAAUAAUCAAACUAAAUAGUAAGGGAAUGGCGCGAUGUCAUUUACGUUCUGUCUGUCAGCUUCAUUCACAUUCAUCCAUUGUAGUGGAGAAAAAAUGUGACUUACGAUGAGCUUUGUAAUUCCGUUUUUGUUUCUCGGGCAUUUGUGUGCAAUCCAAGUCUAAUUUCGGUCUGUUUUACGUUAACCGCGAGGUGAAGCUACGGCGUAUGUACUUAUUUUCUUUGAUGCAUUGUCGGGGCGUGAAAAUUUCACUCUACAAAGAACUCGUGUGGCGUCGGCGUACGUCCUGUUGCUUGUCUUGAUUUUGGGGUACAUUGGAAUAUAUUGGGAGUUGUGUCAAAAUAAAAUAAGGGAAAAAUGUCGGGUAGAGUGCGUAAACAGUCGGACUGUCCGGUGGGCAAGCAGGGCCCGAUGCGCGCCACGUUACCCGUGUCGUCCGUGAUGAAGCAGAGCGGCAGCCUCCGCAAGAACGCUGGCAACAGCCCCACGCUGUCGCCCACCAACGUGUGGCGCCGCGUGUCGCCCGAUCACGCCCUGUCCGGCCAGCGCAGCCCCGGCGCCGUCAAUUACAAAGGGAAAGGAAGGUUUGGUGCUAGUGUGAUCCGGCGCACUGCCUCCCUCGACACUCUGUACCACAAGGGGCAGUGGUCCCGGGACUACUACCUGCAUGCUGGACAACUGCAGGUGGAUAAAUCUACUCAGACUGAUGAUGGAGGUGGAGCAUCGGGCCGGUCGUCCCGUAACUCUGAAGAUGACAAGUUGGACCGCUUCCUGCGCAGUCGCCUGCAACGCCCGCACAAGGCAUCUGCCUCCGGAGACUACUCCCAUUCAAUGAGCCCUGGCUUCUGGUCUCGUUUUGGCAGCGGCAGUGUACCUUUAAGAGCAGCCCGAUCAUCAGUGGAAGGACUGAAUCAGGAAAUUGAGAGACUUGUGCUAUAUCCGGCCAGCGGGACACAGACACCACAAGUCGACCGGCAUAGAGAUAAGGUGACUCCGGAGGGGCACCGCGCGCCGCUGGCGGAGCUGCUGCGGCGCUCCGUCAACACGCAGACGCCGCACGACCUGUGCCACACCGCGCACUCCUCCGGCGGCAGCGUGUGUUCAUCACCCGACCUGGACGGAGCCAAGCUCGGCACCUCCCCACAGAUCAACAGAUUCUUAGCUCGUGAACCCCCAGACGGCUGUGAGAAGGUGAACCUGAAGGCGGGCGAGGGCGCGUUCUCGGAGCAGGUGUGCGUGAUGAAGCCGGCGGCGGCGGGGUUCACGCUGCGGCCCUCGCUGGGGUCCGCCUUCCAGCCGCUGCAGCCCGCCGCGCCGCCCGCGCCCCCGCACUGAUCGCCACGCACCACCGGACCUUCAGCACAACACUCAGACUACAGAAUAGUGGCAUAAAAGUGAAUAGGGGAUACUGUGACACGUAAGGCAAUAGCAUCGUUGUAAUGAGUUAAGUCUGCCGAAGGUCCCAAGUAUACUGUAAUCAGAUUCAUAGUUUGGUAGGGCACUAACGACUGACGCAACUUCUGUUUCAUCAAUACAUCGAGACAGUAUUGAUUAUUAUGUUCUUCUAUCGUAAACCAGUUAUCGAUUACUCUUUCCCUGGUCUUCAGGAGUUCCUGAAAAUGUUUAAUUAAUAUUUUGUGACAAUAAUCGUUGUCUUUCCCGUUAAGAAACUAGAUGUAACAACUAACACAAUUCUCUUUACGGUAAGAUUAAAUGUUGAAUGGGUUGGGUGAUUGUCAAUUUUAACAAAACAAAUGAAUAAUAUAUUGUUUAAGUGAGGCGAGUAGUGACGAGGCGAGCAGCCGGACGGCUCCUGCAGAGCCUUCGUUUGAACAUUGACCAAAGCAAAGUUUUCGAGCUCCUUUUUUGCUUGAGUUAUACAAUAUUUAUAUAGCUUUUUCUCGACUGAUUUAGUCACAACUAAUGGAUUCAUUCCUAGACUUAUUAUUUUUUACUUACAAAAUGUAGAUUCAAUAUUUUUUUGUCCUUUAUCAUCUUCGUACAUUAGAUGCAUAUUCCAACAAAGAUAGUAACAUGACUUAUAUGACUGUGGAUAUAUAUUUGAUCUCAUUUUAUGUAUUAUUUUAACUAACGUAUGUACAUUAAAGAUGCAGCACACAUCUUAUAAUUUGAGAAUAUUGCUAGUGUAAGUAAUUCGUUUGAAUGUUUCCAAACACGAGUAUAGUGACUUUGGACCAAGUUGUUAGAUUGUGCUGUCGAGUCGGGCCGGCGGGCGCGACGCGCCACUUUACGGAACAAAGCUUUAACAUGCUUAAUUGGAUUAAACAAUGGUAAAAGAAUAGACUGAACUUUAUAAAGUACCCGUGUAUAGAUACAGAUAGAAUGACAAUUUAAUAAAAUGAUCAUGGAAUCACAUUUCAGCAGUGAUUAAUUUUGUACAAGUAUAAGAUACUAGUAACAGGUAGCCGGUGAAUCUCGUGGGGUGCCGCGCGGCGCUAGCGGCGCGUGAAUGAUGGACCAUGCCAGUUGGAUCUCUCAUUUUGGCCAAAUGCGUUUUUAUCAAUGGAGACUGAUAAUGUAAAAGGUUGACAAGUUACUUGUUAUGUAGAUAGGCCAGCUUUUGAAUGUUUGCGAUUCUUUUAAAAUCAUACCAAUUGAAAAAUGUCGACAUUGAAUAUUAUAUUUUUGAUGGCUCACCUUUCGGAAAAAGAGUAUUUUGGAACUUAGCAUUGCUCAAAGAAAAUUUUAUAUCAACGAGCCACUUUAACAAUAUUAUGUAUACUUAUGUCGAAUUUGAAAAUGUUUACAUUGUGAUUCAUAAUUCCCAAAUUUGCUGAUGUAAAUAGAAUGAGCAAUUCUGUGAAUAUGAUAAUUAUAUAUAAUAAUAUGUAUAAGCUGUAUGAUUUUUAAAUACUAUUGUUUGUGAAACAAUAAAUUUGUACGCAGAGCAAGGAAAUAUGUAGUAUACUUUACUGUGACAGUGUAUCAUAAAGUUCCGUUACUGAAAUAUAUUGAAUUUAAAUAAACAACUUAUAUGUAUUGUAAAUUAAGUUGCAAUUAUGCCAUAAUGUUAUAUUUGCUUUUUUAUUGGGUAAAAUACAUUUACAGAAGAACGAGUUGCAGUGCGGAACUUGCUAACACUCACAUCAGUGGCUGUCGUAGUUGACUCCACUCGUAGCCAUCUCUGAUAGCUGUUUCAGGGAAACAUACCUAUUGUAAAAAAUAUUUUGAUAUUAAAUGUCUCAUUCUUUAUAAUUAGCAUAUAACGUAAAGUAAUCUAUCAAUGCAGAAGUCAAAGCAAAUGGAAAAACCGAGCCAGUAUUUACAAUCCGGAUUUCUGUAUAGAACAAUUACACUUGUAAGUGCAAUAGCUAGAUGUAAUUUAACAAAUUAUUGUCAAAAGUUUUAUAUUUGUAAGUUUUCUGAGUUUCCGCUAUUUUUAUCAGAUUUUAUUUAUUUUUAAUA